AUGAAAAGGGAGACAAAGAAGGAGGAGGAAGGGGAAGGAGCCGGGCAGCGGGUCCGGCCGUACCUGGGCCGGGCGGGGGCGGUGCCGGGGGCGGUGCGGGCGCUCGGGGAGCGGGCUCGGAGCCGCUGCCUCUCCUCCUCCUCCUCUUCCUCCUCCUCCUCCUCCUCCUCCAGCUCCCGUUCCUCCUCUCCGUUGGUGCUGCGCCGGGUGCGAGCCGCUGGAUGCGGCGGCAGCAGCGGCAGGAUGCGGGGCUCGGUGCGGGUGGCAGUGCCGCUGCUCGGCUGCCUGCUGGCCGCGGCGUCCAGCACGCGGCCAGAGUGCAGCAUCAUGCAGGAGAUCGAGGAGGAGCGCAGCCAGUGCCUGGCAGAGCUCACCUGGGACAACCAGACCUCAGGCUGCAGGAGGCAGUGGGACAACAUCACCUGCUGGCCUGAGGCAGAGGUGGGAGAAGUCGUGGUACGGCCGUGCCCCAAGUACUUCAGGUUCCUGACCUCCUUCCUGGGGAAUGUGACCAGGAAUUGUACAAGCCAGGGCUGGUCAGAUGUGUACCCUGCACCCUAUGCUGUGGCUUGUGGGUAUGACUCCAACAGCACUCCAGGAGAAGAGCAAACGGCGUUCUACGGGACGGUCAAGACCGGCUACACCAUCGGGCACACCUUGUCCCUCAUCGCCCUCACAGCUGCCAUGAUCAUCCUGUGCCUCUUCAGAAAACUACACUGUACUCGAAAUUACAUUCACAUGCACCUCUUCAUGUCCUUCAUCAUGAGAGCCAUUGCAGUUUUCAUAAAGGAUGUCAUCCUGUUUGAGAGUGGGGAGUCUGAGCACUGCUUUGUGAGUUCAGUGGGCUGCAAGGCCAUGAUGGUUUUCUUCCAGUACUGUGUCAUGGCCAACUUCUUCUGGCUGCUGGUGGAGGGGCUGUACCUUCACACCCUGCUGGUCAUCUCCUUCUUCUCAGAGAGGAAAUACUUCUGGUGGUACAUCCUGAUCGGCUGGGGUGCCCCCUCUGUGUUCAUCACUGCCUGGACCAUUGUCAGGAUUUACUUUUUUGAUGUUGGGUGCUGGGAGGAAAUAGUGGAAUCCCCAUUCUGGUGGAUCAUUAAAACUCCUAUUUUGGUGUCUAUUUUGGUGAACUUCAUCCUCUUCAUCUGCAUCAUCCGUAUCCUGGUGCAGAAGCUGCACUCCCCAGAUGUUGGGCACAACGAAACCAGCCAAUAUUCGAGGCUGGCCAAGUCCACCCUGCUGCUGAUCCCUCUCUUUGGCAUUCACUACAUCAUGUUUGCUUUCUUCCCCGACAAUUUCAAAGCAGAAGUGAAGCUGGUCUUUGAGCUGGUGGUUGGGUCAUUCCAGGGAUUUGUGGUGGCUGUUCUGUACUGCUUUCUCAAUGGAGAGGUGCAAGCUGAGCUCAAGAGGAAGUGGCGGAGGUGGCACCUGGAGAGGUUCCUGGGCUCGGACAUGAAGUACCACCACCCUUCCCUGGGCAGCAACGGCACCAACUUCAGCACCCAGAUCUCCAUGCUGACCAAGUGCUCGCCCAAGACGCGCCGCUGCUCCGGCUUCCAGGCUGAGUUCUCUCUGGUGUGAUGGGGAGAGGCUCCCCAGGCACUGAGCAUCCAAAACUGAGACACGAGGAGCCCUGGGAAUCAGUGGUGCCAUGAGAAACCCCUGUGAAAUGACCUGCUCCACAUGAGCCAACAGAGGACACACGACUGGAAAAGCUGCUGGCUCCCAGGAUGAGAUGGGACAAGCCAAGAGGCAGAGGAGCGCUCUUGCUCUCCCACUUUUCAGGCCUUUCACUCUUCAGUUUCAAGCCCUCAGGGGUUGAUAACUCUGAGGAAUUGUCCAAGUUGCUUGAGGACAGCCUGGGAGAUGCUGAUGUGUCAUAAAUGAUGCAGUACUGAGGGUAAGGGAGGGAGAGCCUCAGUCCUCAGUGGCUUUACCAGAACUGACAUCUCUGAAACAGGCAAAUUGCACUUUUUUUUUUUCUUUUUUUUUUUUCUUUUUUUUUUUUUUGUUAAUGAGCCAGUAAAGGAGAGACAGAGGCAGGAAGCAGAAAAAAAAAAUCCAAACAUAUGAAUGUGCCAAAAUUCCUGUGGACAAGAGGUGAUGGUACAGCACCAAAGACGGUGUUGGGGACACGGGGAGAAGGGACAGGAGGAGCAUGAGCAGGAAGGGAGAGGCCAGCACAUGGCCCCCACGUUUUACACAGGUGGAGAUGAAGCUGCAGCACCAGGAAAGCCCCUUGGAGGAUGCCCCAGUGUGUUCUGCUAAUUCCCCACCAUCCUUGGGAGCAGAAGCUUUCCAGGCCCCUUGGAAGAGCAGAUCCCUGGGAAGGGUCAGCGUGAGGACACCCUUCUCUGCACUGUGUUGGUGACAUGGUGUUUUGUUUGGUUGUGUUCCAUGAACAGGAAACUCGAUUUGCAUGUAUAAAAACCAGGGCCAGGUGCCAAAAGCAGA